UUUGAUUGGGUCAUUAAGUUGAAGCUCCCAUGACUGAAUCCUGGUGACGUUAUAAGGAGAGGGCGAGAGAAUCAUACAGAUAGGUGUGCAUGUUCCCACUAGGACUUGAUACAGCCAAGGGAGGCCCUCAGCAAAGCCUGCAUCGUGCUGGACGGACUUUGGAUCUUCAGAAUGGUGAGCUAAAGUCCCUAGCUAUGGCUCCCCAGAGCCUACCUCCAUCUAGGAUGGCUCCUCUGGGCAUGCUGUUUGGGCUGCUGAUGGCCUCCUGCUUCACCUUCUGCCUCAGUCGUCAGAACCUGGAGUUUGCACUUACCAACCCAGAGAAGAGUGGCACUAAAGAAACAGAGAGGAAGGAAACCAGGACAGAGGAUGAGCUGGACACUGAGGUCCUGGAGGUGUUUCACCCUACCCACGAGUGGCAGGCCCUUCGACCAGGUCAGGCUGUCCCUGCAGGAUCCCACGUGCGGUUGAAUCUUCAAACUGGGGCAAGAGAAGUGAAGCUACAGUAUGAAGACAAGUUCCAAAAUAAUUUGAAAGGGUUGAAAAAAGGCAAAAGAUUGGACAUCAACACCAACACCUACACAUCUGAAGAUCUCAAGAGUGCUCUUGCAAAAUUCAAGGAGGGAACAGACAUAAAAAGCUCGAAGGAAGACAAGGCAAGGCAGGCCGAAGUAAAGAGGCUCUUCCGCCCCAUUGAGGAGCUGAAGAAGGAGUUUGAUGAGCUGAAUGUUGUCAUUGAGACUGACAUGCAGAUCAUGGUACGACUGAUCAACAAGUUCAAUAGUUCGAACUCCAGCCUGGAAGAGAAGAUUGCUGCACUCUUUGAUCUCGAAUAUUAUGUCCAUCAGAUGGAUAAUGCACAGGAUCUGCUUUCCUUUGGAGGCCUUCAAGUGGUAAUCAAUGGAUUGAACAGCACAGAGUCCCUGGUGAAGGAAUAUGCUGCAUUUGUUCUGGGGGCUGCCUUUUCCAGCAACCCAAAGGUCCAGGUGGAGGCCAUCGAAGGGGGAGCCCUGCAGAAGCUGCUGGUCAUCCUGGCCACUGAGCAGCCUCUCUCUGCAAAGAAGAAGGUCCUGUUUGCAUUGUGCUCCCUGCUACGUCACUUUCCCUAUGCCCAGCAGCAGUUCCUGAAGCUGGGGGGGCUGCAGGUCCUGAGGAGUCUGGUGCAGGAAAAGAACACGGAGGUGCUGUCCGUGCGUGUGGUCACCCUGCUGUACGACCUGGUCACUGAGAAGAUGUUUGCUGAGGAGGAGGCCGAGCUGACCCGAGACACAUCUCCAGAGAAGUUGCAGCAGUAUCGCCAGGUGCAUCUGCUGCCAGGCCUGCGGGAACAGGGGUGGUGUGAGAUCACAGCCCACCUCCUGGCGCUGCCUGAACACGACGCCCGCGAGAAGGUGCUGCAGACCCUGGGUGCCCUCCUGGUCACCUGCCGGGACCAUUACCGUCAGGACCCGCAGCUCAGCAGGAUGCUUGUCAGCCUGCAGGCCGAGUACCAGGCACUGGCCACCCUGGAGCUACAGGAGGGUGAGGAUGAGGGCUACUUCCGGGAGCUGCUGGGCUCCAUCGACGGCCUGCUGAAGGAGCUGAGAUGAGGUUGCCCCUGACUCCACGACUGGACUGGGGCACUGCUUGUGAGGCUUGGGGUCUCUGCUUGGGUGGGCUCUUCAGGGGACAUAAGGCAGGAGGGAAGAUUUCCCUACUGGGGUGUGGGCACCAUGUGGGCAGUGCUGGUGUGGCCAUUAAAUGAAGACAUGAA